AUGCCUGUUCAGUUGCUGAAGAUCAUUGAAGGAAGAUCUGAGACUCCACUGCCAAGCCAUUUGCAGAAGGAGGAUUUGAAACAUUUGCAAGAAGGCUUGGAUCAUACCAACAAAUAUUUUAAGGGAACAGUUAUUCUUUCCUACCCACUAACAAAACUCGGAGAUGGGACAGACUUUUUCAAGGUUGUUCUUCAAGAUUUGGAUAACUGGUGUUCACGGAUCAACAGCAUCAAUAUUUUAAUAUAUGGAAAAAUGGCACAGGAUUGUGCAAAAGUUAUACGCCACGGGGACAUGUUUGUAGUUGCUGGAUUUAAGUUGGCAAGAUCACCUACGGCAAGAGAGGAUGGUAGACAUGGUUGCCACCUGGAGGUGUCUGAAGAAGCUGGAUCAUCCAUUUAUAUUUAUGUUAAACCAAGAACAACUGCUCCUUCAGAAACUGCAUCUGCGUCUGUUGCACCAAAAUAUGUGUAUACUCCUCUGAAUCGUCUUAAAGAUGGAACUAUAGUGAAUUUGUAUGGCAUUGUGAAAUUCUUCAAGCCUCCAUAUGUAAGCAAAGGAACUGAUUACUGCUCAGUUGUAACACUUGUGGACCCAUCAAAUGUGAAGUUAACGUGCACUCUUUUUAAUGGAAAUCUGGAUUCUCUACCAAAAAUUUACAAAGUUGGAGAUAUUGUUCGUUUUCAUAGAAUAAAGAUCAGGGAAUACAAUGGACAGAUGCAGGGAAUUACCAGUGCGGGAUUUGCAUCCUUGACAUUUGAUGGAACUGUAGGAGCACCGUUAGUUCCUCGAACAUCUAGCAAAGUGUACACUUUUAUGGAUGAAGAACAAAAAACAAUAGAAGAAUUACGUGUUUGGGCAGCUAGUAAUCUUUCCAUCUCUGGACCAGCAGCAAAGUUGUCUGGUGUUCAGCCAAUGCUAUUCUUUGAUCUUACUUGCCAGCUGGUAGGAAAAGCAAAAGUGGAUGGAUCUUCUUUUCUUCUAAAGGUAUGGGAUGGCACAAAGUGUCCCUACCCAACAUGGAAGGUGCCUGUGGAAGCAAGAGACCUGGAAGGAGAAAAAGUUCUUCUUCAUCAGCUGCGAAACCUGACGGUGGAUAUUCUAGUCUAUGAUAACCACGUACAACUGGCAAAAUCACUUAAGCUUGGAAGUUUUCUGAGAAUUUACAGUAUUCAUACGAAACAAGCAAGUGCUGACGAUAUAGAAUUUCAUCUUCAUGGUGGCACCUGUUACGGUCGAGGAAUAGGAGUCUUACCAGAUAGUAACCCGGAUGUUAAGGAACUAAAAGCAUUCUUAGAAUCUGUGGCUCUGGCAGAGAGUCAGAAUAUGGAAAGCAUGUCUUCAGUGGAAUUAGAUGGCACUUUCAACAACGUUACAGAUCUUGAAUCCCACUUACAGAGAUGUCAGCAGUUAUCUGUUACAGUAUUAACAGAUCAUCAGGAUUUGAGUAACACAGAACUGAAAACCAUUCUGAACAGCACGGCUCCUCAACAGUAUCGCAUUAGAGCAAAGCUGAGAAGUUAUAAACCCCAGAAGCUCUAUCAGUCUGUUAAACUUCAUUGUUCCAAAUGCAACAAUUUGAGAGAAGUUCCAGACGGAGAUGACUUUGACUUAAAUUUACAAAGCUCUGCCUGUACUGCUCCAAACUUAGAAUUACAAAAUACAUCUUGGUAUGAUUCUGUAAUGUGGACUACACAAGACCAUAAAGAAAGGAAAAUAGCUAUCCAUUUUGUAAAGCAUGACGAAAUGCUUCAACAGCCUGAAGACACUUUGCUUAUGAUAGAAGGUGGGACACUAAAAGAAGUCUGGAAGCUUACAAAAAGAUUUAAAUGUGUUAUUCCUGUGAGAUCCACAGAAGAUGAUCUUGAAUUAUUAGAUCUUUCAACUCCUUUUCUUUUACAAGGGAACAUAAAAUAUUAUGGGUGCAAGCAGUGUUCAACUCCAAAGCCUAUCAAGAGUCUAAGUUCCAUUGCAGCAGAACAACGACCAUCAUGGGAACCAACUGAAAUAGCACAAGUUUUAGGUAUUGAGCCACUCCAGUAUGUUUUUGUUAUGAGGUUUACACUGGUUGAUGGAACAGGAGCACUAAAUGCAUACCUUUUUGAUUAUGAGAAGUUUUUCCAAAUUCCUGCCUCUGAAAUCUUAACUAAUAAUUUUCUUCAGCAAAAGAUGCAGAUGACCAUGAAUACGCUCUGUCCUCCAGAAAGAAAAUUAGAUGACUUGCCAUGGCUGGAAUGCUUCAUCAAGUCCUAUAAUGUCAGAGAUGCAGUGAAACAUCAAGUUUAUUACCAAAUUUUUGACACUACAGUUGCAGAAGAUGUUGUAUAG